AUGAGUCAGUUAGUCGUUACUGAAGACCCAUCCGUCGACAGCCGCUGCAUUAAGACCAAUGACGAGAUUAAUGACCCAAACGUGUCAGAGAAUAACGGGCCUAAACUAGCUGAAGUGGGCUGCGCAUACUGUGGUGAGGCCGACCCACAUUCUCUUGUCAUGUGUAUCUCCUGCAAAAAGUGGUUUUGUAACGGUGGACAUGGUACCAGCGGUUCACACAUCGUAUUGCACCUUGUGAAGAGCAAGCACCGUGCAGUACAGCUGCACGCGGAAAAUCCUCUUGGUGACUCCGCACUGGAAUGCUACAUUUGUCGUUCGACCAACAUCUUUUCGCUGGGGUUUAUGCCAUCCAAGGAGGAGUCAGUUGUCGUUCUGGUUUGUCGAGAGCCGUGCCUUCACUCCAAGGCACUGCGUGACCUAAACUGGGAUGCCACCACAUGGCUUCCUGUGAUCGAGGAACGCCAGGUGCUUCCUUGGAUUUGCAGGGUACCAAGCGCCCCUUGCAAAAAACUUACCUUGCACGACAUCACAACGCUCGAAUUGUUUUGGAACAGCGAGGGGCAGCAGGUUCUGGAUAACGUGGAGAAAGCCCCAGCUGUCCCGCUUCGAUUUGAGAAUGCCGUUGAAUAUGUGACGGUGUUCUCAACGCUAAUCGAAAUGGACUCCAUCGCUGCAAAAGAACGAAAAGAGUUGCUUUUUGAAGAUAUUUCUUGCAAACUACAAAAAGAAUUUGGAGGGAAGCACCUUUUUCUGCUGAAACAGUUGCCACCUUCUGAUGUGGGUCUCCGUUGCGGUGAUCAUGCUUCUAUAUGGGUCAAGGGGAGUUCGCGGUUGUUGAACGGCGUUGUCGUCGAAAUUGGGAAGUCGCAGCUUGGCGAAGAGGAAGUUAUUUUUGAGGUGAAGACUUAUGAAAUAGAACGAGCGAGAAGGGCGUUGAAUGAGAUUCUUGCCGCAUCCACAGUGAGCUUCCGCCUCGAGUAUGACUCCACCAGCGACCAGCGGAAGUGCCAUGCUUUGAAUCUGAUGAUGACGGAUUGGUCCUCGCUUUCUGCAUACCUUUACUUUACGAUUCUUGGCCGGGCAGAGGAGGCGGCGAAGCGCUUUUCUGAGGUGGAUAUUAAUCUCCCGAGGGGGCGACUAUCAAACCUGAACUCCUCUCAGGAUACUGCUGUGCGAACAGCAUUGAGAAACCCACUGACGCUCAUUCAAGGUCCGCCCGGCACAGGCAAGACAUCGACCAGCGUUGCUAUUGUUCUUGAGGUAAAUCUUCGGAUUCGGUCCCAAAUUCUUGUUUGCGCCCCAAGCAAUGUUGCCGUUGACCAACUGGCCGAGAGGAUAUCGGCAGCCGGCUUGAAAACGGUACGCCUGCAUGCUCACUACCGUGAAUUGGUGCCUAGCUCUGUCAAACACCUCGGCUUGGACAGUCAGGUGGAGGAGUUUAUUGCUUCGAGCAGUGGCAACAGGCGAUUGAGGCAGCUUCUUGAACUGAAGUUGGCGGGUGAAGUGUUGGAUGAGCAGGAGCAAAAAAUAUAUAAUGAUUCUGUAAGGGAUAUUGAAGAAGCGCUCCUUGGUGGUGCGGAUGUGAUCUGCUGCACCUGCAUUGGAGCCGCGGAUAGGCGGCUGGGGAAAAUGCGCUUCCAGUACGUUCUGAUCGACGAAGCAACACAAGGGACCGAGCCGGAAACACUUGUACCUCUGGUGCGUGGCGCGAAGCAAGUAUUUUUGGUGGGUGAUCAUUGCCAGCUACGCCCUCUUGUUUUUUCACUUCCUGCGGAAAGGGCCGGACUUCGUCGUAGUUUGUUUGAACGACUGCUGAUGACAGGCCACCGAGCAGUGAGACUUGAUGUGCAGUACCGCAUGCACCCGGCUUUGUCCCUGUUCCCAUCCGACCAAUUCUACGAGGGCACCCUGCAAAAUGGUCUAACAGAAGAACAGCGCGAUGCAUCGCGGGUGUUUCCGUGGCCAGAUCCCACGAGACCAAUUUUUUUUUACAACACGACGGGGUCUGAGGAGCUAAGUGCGAACGGCAGCUCCUACCUGAAUCGAGCCGAGGCUGCGCUAACUGAACGCAUUAUCACAAAACUCAUACGGGAUGGCAAAGUGAAGCCGGAUGAUAUCGGAGUCAUUACUCCGUACGGAGGUCAGUGCCGGUACGUGAUGAAUUAUCUUGUGCGUUGCGGUCCUCUGCCGAGGACGGCUUAUGAACGCGUUGAGGUUUCGUCUGUCGAUGCUUUUCAGGGCCGAGAAAAGGAGUUCAUUAUUCUCUCAUGCGUCCGUAGCAACCAUCGCCAAGGGAUAGGUUUUGUGGUUGACUGGAGGCGGCUCAACGUUUCCAUAACUCGUGCAAAGCGGGGACUUAUCAUUAUGGGAAACGUACAACUUCUCUCAAGGUAUCCGGCGUGGCACGCUCUUCUUGCCCACCUGAUGGAGCUGUCGCUUGUUGUGGACGGCCCGAUCGAGAAGCUUGUUCCGUCAAAGGUGGUGUUACAGAAGCCAAGAAAUGUAAGUGAGGAGCAAUAA